GACUCUGAAAAUCAGUUCAAUUAACCAAAUUUAUAGAGCACUACACCCUAAGACACACACCAGAGACGGCAGCAGCAGCAGCAGCCCCCAAACCCCACCGAACCCGCAGGCUAAUUAAGGAAUCGAAACGGAAAACUGUUCGACGAGAAUAGUCUUCAACCACACGCUGACGAUGCCGGUGACACGUAGACAUUUAAUUGCACUCGUUGUGGUGACAACAUUAGCCUGUCAGCUGUGUGCUGCCCAGAACUCCACGUUUCUGGCCACGAUUGUCAGCUCGAACAACACGCUGCAGACGACAAACGGGACGCGCAUCAACGAGACGAUCACGAUCAAUAUUAGUGAGGUGAUUGCGGCCGCCGAAGCCGCAGCGGAUACUGAGACCACCACACUAGACCCGUCAGCGACAACCAUGGAGCCUGCUAUCACCACCGAAACAUCUGAAACGUCCUCAACAACAGCAACAACAGUCACUUCAACCACAUCCACCACACAAGCAACAACAUCUGCUCCAACCACCGAAGCAUCAUCCACAGCUACAACACUGACAACAACAACGGCAAACACUGUAAAUGACACUUCAACAACGCUGCCAACAGAAGCCACAACAACAGCCACACAAGACACAACCACAACCAUCGCACCAAACACAACAACAACCAUCGCACCAGAUACAUCCACAACCAUCGCACCAGAAACAACCACAACCAUCGCACCAGACACAACCACAACAAUCGCACCAGACACAACCACAACAAUCGCACCAGACACAACCACAAAUCGCACAGACACAACCACAACCGUCGCACCGAACACAACUACAACCAUCGCACCAGAUACAUCCACAACCAUCGCACCAGAAACAACCACAACCAUCGCACCAGAUACAACUACAACACUGCCGAUCACAACCACUCUGCCAAGCACAACCACAGAACCACUCAUAACCACAGAACGAACCACAACCACAACACUGCCCACCACCACCACAGAGCCACUUAUAACAACAGAACGAACAACAACCACACAACAACCCACACAAAGCACACAGUCAUCGAUAACCACAGAAGCUUCAAACAUUACAGAAACAACGAGUGCAACAGAUUCAACGACUGUAGCAGAUACAACAACGAGUACCAGUGUUACAACGAGUACCACGAGCUCGACGAGCACAACCAGCACCACACCGCUGGCCUACACCGUGUACACAAUGGAACCAUACCCUGGCAUCAUCUAUGGCAGGACGAACUCGUUCGGCACACAGUCGCGUAGACUGCGCAAGGGUCGUCGGGGUGGCCGCAGGGGCAGGAAGCCGCGUCGCCGCACAACCACAACCGAGGGUCCAGCGACUACGACCACCACUACAACCACCACAGCAAGAACCACAACGAUCAGCAGUGAUCUGAGCGAGGAGUACGAUGAUGUUCUGGCCAAUAGCGUGCUGGAGCCGCAGCCUGGUCUGCCCCUCGAUCUGGGCAACAUCCACAAUGUGCGCAUUUCCCAAUAGUGGGACAACGAGACUGAGGAAACUUUUCAAAAGUUGUUCUUUUUGCAUGUAUAUUUUGAUAUUAAAUACACAAAUAUUUUAACACUU